UUAGCGACUACAAGUCCCGUGAGCUCGCUUCUACUCCGCCGCCUCGCAGACCGCAGUUUCCCUUCACCGUCUCAGCCGGGCCGCCCCGGGGCGCGGCGUUCUGGCGAGUCAGCUGUUUGUCUCUAGGGCACAAGAGGCGGAAGCCGGAGGGGCGCGGGGAGGAGCUUCGCGCACGGGGUGAACGCCGCCCUACGUGCUCGUUCGCCCCGCGACCGCUGCGCGCGAGCCCGGUGUCCCCGCGGCGGGCAGCGGCGGCGGCGGCGGCGGCACGCGGAGGGGGCGGAGGGAGCGGAGGGAGCCCGCGGCGGCUGCAGAGCGAAAUGGCGGAGACCGUGGCGGACACCCGGCGGCUGAUCACCAAGCCGCAGAACCUGAAUGACGCCUACGGGCCGCCCAGCAACUUCCUCGAGAUCGAUGUGAGCAACCCGCAGACAGUGGGGGUCGGCCGGGGCCGCUUCACCACUUACGAAAUCAGGGUCAAGACAAAUCUGCCUAUUUUCAAGCUGAAAGAAUCUACUGUUAGAAGAAGAUACAGUGACUUUGAAUGGCUGCGAAGUGAAUUAGAAAGAGAGAGCAAGGUUGUAGUUCCCCCACUCCCUGGGAAAGCAUUUUUGCGUCAACUUCCUUUUAGAGGAGAUGAUGGAAUAUUUGAUGACAAUUUUAUUGAAGAAAGGAAGCAAGGGCUGGAGCAGUUUAUAAACAAGGUCGCUGGUCAUCCUCUGGCACAAAAUGAACGUUGUCUUCACAUGUUUUUACAGGAUGAAAUAAUAGAUAAAAGCUAUACUCCAUCUAAAAUAAGACAUGCCUGAAAUUUGGUGAGAAGGGGCAAAAAAACCUUUCCGUGACUAUUAAUGAUUCAUAUGCACCAGUGAAGAAGUUCUAACUAGCUGUAAGCAUGCUGCACAGAAACUGGUAUAACAUGCCUUCAGUAUACUAACACUCAUAUGCUCAGUUUUGUUUUGUUUUGUUUUGGCAGUUGACAAGAAGUUAAUUUGCUUUAGUGAAAAUCCCUCAUUCUGGCCUUUCUGUAGAAAUAGCUCUCUGUGCUGUUUGAAUGUGGUGCACACUAUAGCCUCACAAACCUGUUAUUCCAGUAUAACCUGCAGUGUCCUAACUAAAGUUACUGGCUUGGUCUUAUCUGCACAGUUUUUGUGUCAUGUUUGCUUCUUGAAUCUGAUUAACUAGAAUAUUUCUCUUAUCCCCUUUUUAAUAUGUGAUGUCACAUGACCUGAUUUAUGUGUAGGAGCACUACACCAUUGGUUCCCUACCCUACAUGUAAGAGACACACUCGUGUGCAGAGUAGCUCCCUUCAUCUGGAAGAUCAAGGAGGGAAAUCUUUAUAUUCUGUAUAAAACAAAAUCAAAUUUAUAUACUAAAAUCAUUUGUCUAAAAAUUUAAGUUGUUUUCAGAUAAAAAUAAAAAUGCAUUUCUGAUAUGCAGA